AGGUCACAGCAUUUCAGACAAUCCCUUGUGUCGACAGUGUUGAUGUCCGCCAUGUUGCUUUUGCUGCGUCUUUGUGUUCUACAGACAUCCAUACUGGUAAUAGCUGCAAUGGAGGGCGUUGCUCUCCAGCACGGGGCGUGUGUGUGUGCCACGGAGGGUCUCGUGGACGCGUAUUCAAAACCUGGUUUCGACAGCGAGAGCAUCACGUACAUCAGUUUUGGAGAAUGUCUACGGUCAAACGGCCAAAGCAUGGAGAUGAACGGAGACUCGUGGUACGGUGUGGCGGUCAAGAAUGAGGAGCUGACAUCUCCCCGGUUGCUAUGGGUUGCAGGCAGGUUCCUGAAGCAGGGCACCCCCUCACAAUGUGCUUAGAGGCACUUCCGGUGUCAUGGGCGGAACGUAGGUUCAGAGGGGAAUGGGCUCACCAUCAGUGGCACUUGGUACACAAUAUUCGCAUAUGUUCAUUUUAUUGGUUUCAUUAAAUAUCAUCAUGCAGC